AUGGAGGCAACACAAUGUCAAAUCACCGAUGCACAAAGUCAUCUUAAUAGUCUUAUUGCAUCAUACAACCGUGACGUGAAAGUGUUGAGGACUAGUUUCACCUCUUCACACUAUCGCACAGAUGAAGGCCAACCGUCAAAUUGUCAUGAACAUGUUAAUGAAAGUGGUGCACCAUUUUAUACAAAUAAUCCACAACAUUCACCUGUUCAUUCUGGUGGUCAAAGAAGAUCUUCUGAAGAUGACCUUGGAUGUACAAAUGAAGGGGUGUCAGAAAGACCCAACGUAGAAGAUGGUGUGUUCUUUGCAAAUGAGGAUCCCCUUCACCUUGGGCCACACAAUAUGUUGACGAAGGAAGAGACACAUGUUGCCGACUAUGUGUUUGACGAGUCAAAAGAUCCUAGUGAGGUGCUUUGUGCAUAUGGUGGCUAUGGUGUGACAUGGGAACAACUUCAAUGCUUAGUAGGGGAGAGCUUCAUUGAUAUUUCGGUGAUUUCCAUGUUCUGCCGAUACAUGAAUGCAAAAGAAGAGAAUCCUUCUCGCAGACACUUUUUUAAUCCAUACUUUGGGGAAAUAUGUGGUUCAAUGAGCAAGUCUACCUCAAAAUCAACACUCAAGAAAAGAUUAGGUAGCUAUUGUGUUAAUCUUGAAUGUUGCAACCAGUUUUAUAUCCCCUUAUUCCAAUUUAAUGAAUGGGUCAUCAUGGUAAUCAAUUUGGAGGCUAAAAGGGUGGAUCUACUUUCAUCAUAUCAUAGCAUUCAACGGAUUCACUUUGUUAAUGAAACUUUCAAAGUAGUUGGAUUUAUGUCGCAGUUAUUAAAAAAUUCCUUCAAACGGAAUGAUGUGAAUAUAAAUAAUUUACAUCCACAGUAUGCAGAUAUCGUUGGCGAUCCAAAAUUAUGUCAUACUAGGAUGUAUGCUAUUCUCUAUAUGCAACAUUGGGAUGGAAGUGGUCUUAAUAGAACCAUUAAUUCUGAACGCAUGAGCCUUGAAAGAUUGAAAUUUGCAACUCAUAUGGUUCUUGAUAGCGAAAACGAAAUUGGUGAAAUGGUUACAGCUAAUAUUUGGUCAACCAACAAUGCAGAAUAGUAUUGGGUAACCUUCACAAUUAAUUUCUUUUGUUUUAUUUCAUUCAAUUUUUUAACUAUACAUUCUAAUUUAAACUCUAACUUGGUCAUCGAUAGUGAAUAAUAGAUUUUGAGGCUAUGUCAUGUCUUCUUUAUGGUACAAUAGAAGGGAUAAGUUAUCAAUACUGCUUCCAAUGCAUGCAUGGUUCAUUUGACUACCAGGUUAG